AUGACGAAACUAAUCACUCCUUCAGAAAUUGUAGGUGGAGUACCCGUCUUUAAACCCACAUACGAACAAUUCGAAGAUUUCUAUGCGUACUGUAAGGCCAUAAACAAAUAUGGUAUGAAAAGUGGUGUUGUGAAGGUCAUUCCGCCGAAAGAAUGGAAAGACAAAUUAGAUCUACCUUAUUCCGCAGAAACGCUUCAAAAAAUCAAGAUUAAAUCACCUAUCCAGCAGCAUAUUUCUGGUAAUAAAGGUCUUUUCAUGGUGCAAAACGUGGAGAAAAAUAAGACCUAUAACAUUAUACAAUGGAAAGAUCUUUCGAAGGACUACGUACCUCCAGAGGACCCUAAAGUGAGACGCAACUCUAGGAAAGGCUCCGUUUCCAAAUCUACGAAGUUGAAGCUAAAGAAUUUUGAAUCCUCUUUUAACAUUGGUGAUUUUGAACAAUUUAGAACGGAGUAUACGAUGGAUUUAUCUGGUUUCCAAAAUCCAGAGAGAUUGAAAUUCUUAGAGGAGUAUUAUUGGAAAACGUUAAAUUUUACUACGCCUAUGUACGGCGCGGAUACACCAGGAUCAAUUUUCCCUGAAAGGCUAAACGUUUGGAACGUCGCCAAACUACCGAACAUCUUGGAUCACAUGGAAACUAAGGUUCCUGGGGUGAAUGACUCCUAUCUAUAUGCUGGCUUAUGGAAGGCCUCUUUUUCUUGGCACUUGGAGGACCAAGACCUGUAUUCCAUAAAUUAUAUCCAUUUUGGGGCUCCAAAACAAUGGUAUUCAAUACCACAAGAAGAUAGAUUCAAAUUCUACAAAUUCAUGCAGGAGCAGUUUCCUGAAGAAGCCAAAAAUUGCCCUGAGUUUUUAAGACAUAAAAUGUUUUUGGCUUCGCCCAAGCUGCUGCAAGAAAAUGGCAUACGAUGCAAUGAAAUUGUUCACCAUGAAGGUGAAUUCAUGAUUACUUAUCCUUAUGGUUAUCAUGCGGGGUUCAAUUAUGGAUAUAACCUGGCGGAAUCCGUCAACUUUGCUUUAGAGGAAUGGCUGCCGAUUGGGAAAAAAGCUGGAAAAUGUCAUUGCAUUUCAGACUCAGUGGACAUAGACGUUAAAAAACUUGCCAAGUCUUGGAGAGACUAUAAUAAAGAGUUAAAAGGUACGCCGUCUCUCAAUCAAUUGCCGAACCCUGCCAUACCCUUGCUUCACAGGCCGACUCUAAAGGAAAUGGAAAACAGCUCACUUCGAUCUACAAGCCCAGAUGUGGGCCAUUUUUCAAGCUUCAAAUCAAAAAGUUCAGGUGUUUCCUCACCGUUAUUAUCACGCAUGAAAGAUUAUUCUAAUAUUGUCGAGCCCACGCUAGAAGAUCCAACUUUGAAAUUAAAAAGAAUCUCAUCCUCUCAAGAACAACCGUUAAACAAACUUUUGAAAAGAGAAACUUCUCAAACGGCGAUGCUCACAGACCAUGAAGACAACAUAGUAGCCAUGAGCCUCACUUCAAUGGCAAACAGUGCCGCGUCUUCUCCGAGAUUACCGCUGUCAAGAUUAAAUUCAUCUAACGAACUCUCAAAUGCCCAACCACUGCUUGAUAUGACAAACAAUAAUCUUGCCUUCCCAGGACCUAAUGGGCCAUCUGGGUUGAACCCUUUAUUAUAUAUUUCCAACAAGAACAUUAACGGAAUAUCUCACUCUGCUCCACAUUCUCCAGUGAAUCCAAAUAUAUCGCUAAUAAAACGAGUCAAGUCUCCUAACAUUGUAACAUUAAACAUAUCCAGAGAAUCAUCAAGAAGCCCUAUAGCGCUAAAUUCCGAGGCAAGGCUACAACAUUCGCAACAACAUUCAUUCUCCACCCCAUCAACCGUGUCAAAUCUCUCCACUUCUGUGCUGGGGCCACUAACUGACACAAAUGACAUAAAAAUACCGCAUCCUGAAAGGCCAAUCCACAAGACAACGAAUAGAAUACUCAAAAAGGAACCUCCUAUGGAGAGACCAAAAUCAAAUCUUAUACUUUCAAAGGUUGCAUCCACCUACCAUGAGGAUUCUUUCACAAACGAAAACAACGAUCUGGAUAAAGAACAAGGCUCUUCUCCACUCACAUCGAAGUUUGCGCCCGAAGAAAUUGUAUUAUCAGGAAAGAACAAGAUUUACAUUUGUAAGGAGUGUCAGAGAAAGUUUUCUUCUGGCCAUCAUCUCACAAGACACAAAAAAUCCGUCCACUCCGGUGAGAAACCCCAUUCUUGUCCCAAAUGUGGUAAAAGAUUUAAAAGGAGGGAUCACGUUCUGCAGCACUUGAACAAGAAGAUACCGUGUGUUUCAAACGACACUGUGGUAGAUGCUCCAAUAAUGAAUCCCACGGUGCAACCACAGGACAGGAACGCGACCAUCAAUCAGCAGAGUACACCUUUGAACUGA